AUGUCAGGUAUUAGCAACUUGUUUGGGAACUCGAAGAAAGACGAAAGUUUGCUUGGUUUGUUCGGGAAGAGCAGUGGUCCUGUUAAAAGAGUUGAUGCACAGAGAACAGUGAUAAAGGUUCCAGAAUCUAAAAAGAUUGAAGCUACAGAAGAAGAAAGUGAAGAAGGAUCUGGUAGUGAAGAUGAUAGUGAAAGUGCUAGUGGUGAAGGAAGUGAAGAUCAAGAAGACUCAGAUGAAGAAAUGGAAGAUCAAGAAGAAGAAGAACCAGUUGUUGAAAAGAAAAAAAGAAAAACUACAGAUGAAGAUGAUGAUUUAGAAAGUAAAUAUCUUGGUAAACUAUUAAAAGAAUCUGAAACCAACGAAGCUGAAGAAGAAAAGAAAGCUGAAGAAGAAUUUGAUUCCGAUAGUGAUGAAGAAGAUGAAGAUAAAUCAAAAGAUGAAUCUAAACCUGUUCAAUCUGGUGAAGUUAAAUCUAUAGAUUUUAAAGAAAAAGAAGUUGAAAAAGCUCAAAGAACUAUAUUUAUUGGUAAUUUAUCUGCUAUUGUUAUUAAAAAUAAAAAAGAUUAUAAAGAAUUGAAAAAAUAUUUCACUCAAUUUGGUUUAAUAGAAUCUAUAAGAUUUAGAUCAAUCUCUUUCAAUGAACCAAUACCUAGAAAAGCUGCUUUUGUUCAACAAAAACUACAUGAAUCAAGAGAUUCUAUUAAUGCAUAUAUUGUUUUCAAGGAAAAAGAUGCUGCAAGAAAAUCAUUAGAAGCUAAUGGUAAAGUUUUAUUUGAUUUACAUUUAAGAGUUGAUUCAGUUUCACAUCCUUCUAAAAUUGAUAAUAAGAGAACAAUUUUUGUUGGUAAUUUAGAUUUUGAAGAAAAAGAAGAAGAAUUAUGGAAUAUUUUCAGUGAAUGUGGUGAAAUUGAAAGUGUUAGAAUUGUUCGUGAUUCAACUACAAAUAUGGGUAAAGGUUUUGGUUAUGUUCAAUUUAAAGAUUUUACAUCAGUUUCAAAAGCUUUAUUAAUGAAUGAAAAGAAAUUAGGUGAAAAAAAGAGAAAAUUAAGAAUAUCAAGAUCUAAAAGAGUUAAACCAACACCUCAACAAGGUCAAAAUGGUAGAGGUGGUCCAAGACAAGGUCAAAGACAAGGUGGUAACAAUAAUAAUAACAAACAAAGAGCAUUAAGCAACUUAACAGAUGAUCAAAAAACUAAAUUAGGUAGAGCACAAAGAGUCUUGGGUAAAGCUGAUAGAUCUCAAGCUGGUCAAGUUGUUGAAGGUCAAAGAGCUAAAAAAGGUGAUCGUGUCACUGGUGUUAAGAAUGGUAAGAACCGUGUCAAGAAACCAAGAAUCAGACAAAGAUCUACUGAUUUCAAAAACUUAUCCAAGAAAUAA